AUGUCAUCAUCAAGAUCAAAAAAGAAAAAAUCUUCAGUCACUCCUAGGAAGAACGUUCAACCUAUCAAUGUUGGUAAUUCUGGUACAUCUUUAAAGAAUAAAGAGUCUGAAGAAAUAACAGCGCCCUUUACAAAAGAAUUAUCUACAGUUUCAAUGGAGAGUGUCGAGGAUACCAAUAUUGUCCCAUCUUUAAAAGAAAAAGAAGUUGCUUCAACUGUUCCAGGUAUCGGACAAAUUAAAGAAUGGUCUCCAGCACAAGUUAUUAUUUUUAUAGAAUCUAAAAAAGAUGUGCUAUCUCUUGAUGAUGAUGACAUUGAUAUAAUCAGAAAGAGUAGAUUUAAUGGUCUGGCCUUUUUGGUUUUGUCCGAAGAAAUGCUUAGGAGCAUCGGAAUGUUACUUGGACCAGCUACGAGAAUUGCAGAAUUUGCUAAAGAAAUCUCUAAUGAGAAUCAAGACUUUCUGCUCCUGUCUACAGAAAAACUUAGAAACAUCGGAAUGUCACUUGGGCCAGCUUUAAAUAUUGCAGAACUCGCCAAAAAAAUCCCUAGAAAUCAAAAUAAAGAAUUUGAAGUCAUCAGCGUAUCAAGAAUUAACAAUAAUCAGAUGAGGAAAAUUGAGAAAGCUAUGGACUUUGAUAUCAUAUGA